AUGAGUAAUAAAUUAUUCAUCUUAAUAGGCAACGAUGAUCAACUAAAAAACUAAUUUUACUAUUAAUUGACUGGAAUUGAACAAUUAUAAGAAGAAGUAAAUUACAAAAUUUACCCUUCACCCAUAAAAGAUGCACUUUUAAUCCAAGAAAAAAAUAUUUAUGUAUUAAAUACUCCACCAAUAGAAACAUAAGAAGAUCAUAUUAGAUUAUGGAGUUUAAUUGCUGCUAUUUGUUAAUGUCAUAAAUUGAUCAUUGAAGAUGUUUUUUACUGUUUAGAUAAUUAAAACCAACUAAUUAUAGAAAUAUUAAACUAUUUAACUCAUUUAUUCGAUUAUAAUAAUAAAAAUAGAAUUUUUUUUUUCACAAAAUCUUUAGAUGUUUAUAAUUAAAUUAGUAGUAAAACCUAAAAUUAGAUUUGCUUUUAAGUUAGAUAUAAUACAGAUUUCAUAUAAACAUUUAAAUAGCUGAUUAAGAGACAAAAUAAAGUGUUUUUUACAACAUAUUGUUUUGAAAAUUUGAAGAUUAAUGAAUAAAGUGAAAUUUAACAAUUAAUCAAUGAAAUUUCUAAUGAAUAUAUAAGAAUUUCAAUUAAUUGUUAUAAUUACGCUUAGUUUAUAAUAAAUUUCUUUAAAAAUGAGCAUUUAGAAAAAACUAUAAAUUCAUUCAAAUUUGAAUUUGAUAACAUUUAAAGUAUUUUUGAAUAUAGAGUAUUGAUUAAACAGUCAUUAAAUUAACUUUUUAAUUAAAUUCUUUAAGAUAUUUAGAGACUAACUCUAUCUUCAUUUUACUAAUGUUUGGAUUGUUUAUAAAUUUGCUAUUGUGAGAAGACUAUUAUAUAUCCUAUCAAUACUAUUAGAAUAUAAAUUUAAAUUGCUAAUCCUAACAAUAAAAAAUCAACCUUACAAUGUAAACAUUGCCAAUAUUAAUUAACAUACACUUCCCCUUCUCUUAUCAUUUAAGCAUGCUUAGAUGAUUUAGAAUUGAGGAUUUUUAAAAAAUUUUAAUAUGAAUUUGAAAACUAACCUAUUUAUAGAGUAAAAACAAAAACAGAACCUCUAUAAAAAAAAUAAAAAAGUAAUCCAAAUAUAAAGAUAAUAGAAAUUGAAAACUUAAAAUUAAAGGAUGCUACAUAAAUUCUAUUUUUAUCUAAUGAAGACAAUAAAAACAACAUUAUCUUUAAUACAUUAAUAGAAUAUAGAGAUCAAGAACAAAUAAACAUUAAUAAUAAUAUUUUUAUUAAUGGAUAAAUUACUGAUGGAAAUAAUAGUUAUGUUUUACAUAAUCCUCCUUUAUUUGACUUUUAAAUUACUAAUUUGGAUGCAAUAACUUCAUUUCAAUAGUACUUUAGUAAAAUAACAAUUCACCAUUUUGUUUUUUUCUUAAAUUACUAAAGAACUGAAAUAAUGAAAUAAAGAUUUGUUGAUAUGUUUAAAACAUUACAAAGACUAAAUAAAUCUUAAGUGUCUAUUAUAGUAACUUAAUGUAAUUCUGAUAUAGACUAAUUGUAAGAUUUGAAAAGUGAAUUAGAAAAGUUUACACUCAAUUCAAUUAUAUUUUUGAAUAAACAAAUCAAUCAAACUUAAAUUAAAUAAUAGAUUUUAGAAUGCUUUUAAAAAGUUAAUCCUAUCUAAUUCCAAUUUUAAGGUACUAUUUUUGAAGAGGACAAUGUUGAGGAAGAAAAAUAAAUUGAAAAUAAUCUUAACAUAGCAGUUGAUCAGAUAGAAAAUGAUAAAAUGGAAGAACUAUAAAUUUAAUAUUUAAAUAAUGAUAAUUAAAUUUAAGAAUUAAAAUAAGAUAUUGAAUAAUAGGAAAAGCUUUUAAAAUAAAAAAAUGAGAAACUUAGAGAUUUAAUUUAAGAAAAUGAAACAAAUUAAUAACUUAUCAAAAAAUGGUAUUAUAAAAGAUAACAAAAAGCAUUAUAUUAAAAUUAAAAAUGA